UUCGAUGGAUUUGAAAGUUCUGGUUUGUCCGAGCAGGUGGUUUAUGCUGUAGUAGGAGGGCACUUCGUAAUCAAAAGGCCUUCACUUAUUGCCAGUAGCGAAUCAUUGCGAGAUAUUGCUUACUGGUGGUACAACGGUGACACUCAGGUCUACUCGAAUGGUUCAUACUACGUAACUUCCAGAGGAGACCUGGUUGUAGUGGAUGCGAGUUGGUCAUCAUUUGGAAAUUACAAGGUGAUAGCCUCCAUCGAUGGACUUGGUGAGGCAGUUUCUGAUAUUUUCACGGUUAUUCAGCAAGAAAGUGCUAUGGAACCUCUGGGAACCUUAUUUAUCGUUUAUCUUUCCGAGGACAAAACAGUCUACUUCUCUGAGUCUUCGCAAAAUCCUUUGGAGUCAUUCGAUUGCGUAGCAUCCAUAAAGUGCGUUUCUGGGCGUUUGAAGAGUACUAUUACGCUUUUUUCAUUAUUUCCUGAUCAGGGCAGAGUAGGUAUUUUCAAGUAUUUGUAA